CGAAACGGACAACCUGGAUUUGAGGAUAUUCCCGUAAAUGUUUCACUAAUUUUGCACCAAAAGUUCACGAAACGCCAACGAAUCGUUCGAAGUUUGGGGAAGGAGCUUCGACAUGCGCCCGUGCGCCAACCGCCCCUGUACGACGAAAGAUGAAGUUGCAUCCAACUGGGCUGGCCGUCGUGGUGGUGUUUCCGUCCAUCGCAGUCUUUUGCUUGGCGCAUGUGCUCUUGAAUGCGUCCGUCGCUGUCUCGUUAGUGAUCGCUUUUCUCUCAGCGUUUGUGUGGGCCGACGUGUGGUACUUUGUUCACAUCAUCGUGACGGUCGUGAAGCCGCGGCCGACGCAUAUCCAGAGCGUUCUCGACACGCAUGAAUACCCUGCGUUGGUGAGUCUGAACGACAUUGAUCGCAACGGACAUUUCAACAAUGCGCGGUACUUGCGAGCGUGUCAAUACGGCCGUCGUGCAUUUUGGACGGCGAAUGGAGUGUGGGGACUUGUCUGCGCCAACGGUGGCAACUUAAUCGUCGGCGCGCUGUCGAUCCGGUACCGCCGCGAGCUCACGUUCGGCCAAUGGUACAAUCUCCGGACUCGUAUCCGGACGUGGGACAACCAGGCGUUUUAUGUGGAGCACCAAUUUGUGACGGGCAAAGCCGACACGCUGUUCGUGCAUGCUGUCGUCCUGGUGAAGAACAUCGUAAUGGGGUCGCUGAGGCCGCAGGAGCUGAUGGAGAUGCGUCAACCGGGCGUCGCGGCGCCUCCAGUGGACGCCGAUGUGCAGGGCUGGAUUGAUUCGAACGCGGCGUCGAGCUUGAUGUUGCGGCCCAAGAAAUCAACAUGAACACGAACAACAUGGGGUAGCCACGUCGAGUUAAAUAGAUUACUUCCAAAAGUACGAUGGCGAGUAGACUAAACCUAUGGGAUUCCUACGGCGUUGACGAAGCACAAUGGA